AUGGACUAUAUAUCCAUGGGACUUCUUGAAAUGGAACACAAGACAUCUCUUCUGCAACUUCUCUGGGUGGCCUGUACAGGGCUCUUCAGAGGCAUCAACUUUGACACCUGGCAAGGCAGGAUAGUCUAUAGCCAGAGCCAAAGGAAAACCUUCCUGGUGUGGUUUGAAUAUGACUCUAAUCCUGAUAAAGCUACCAGGGAACAAUCGGCCAAGGAAAUUGGCAUUACAGGAUAUAAAAUUCAGAUUUGGUUUAAAAACCAAAGAUCCAGAUGGAAAAAAUUGGAGUCUGGAUACUCCAUAGGAAAAGAUCCAAUCCAGGGACAUGAUCAAUCUCAGUUACGGACUAAAGAAUGCGUAACAAAAGAAGCCAGGCAAGACCAGAUACCCCUUACAACAACUCAGAGAAGGAUCCUAGUUCAAGCCUUUAAGAGGAACCACGUCCCUGAUGCUGCUACCAGGAAAAAACUGGCUAAACAAACAGGCAUUCAGGAAUUGAGCAUUCAGAUGUGGUUUCAGAACCAAAGAUCUCUGUACCCUGAGUGGAGCAGAGGGGAUCCCAUAAAUUUCUUGGUAGGUGACACAAGUGGGAGACCAGAGCUGAUUGAUCAACUGCAGGAAACGAACUUGUUCAUAUGCCCAGAUGGGAAACUGCUGACUCCAGGAGAGGACUUCUCGGAUACUCAGGUUCCUUUCUGGACCCAGUUCCAAGAAGAAUGCCAAAAUCACAAAGAACAAACUGUCAUAGGAGUCAUACCAUUGAAGGAUCCUUCUCAGCCUCAACCUGAAAAUAAGGAACCACAGUAUCCGGGUCACAUUGACAUAUCAUACAUCAUGCAGUGGUGGGACAAGGGCCACCAAGCCCUGAUUCAGAAAUGGCAAACUCUUGAAGAUUUAUACUGA